GCUGCUUGACGGCACGCGCCGUUAUCACUAACCUACGCUUAUCCACCCGCCGUUGCGCACGUUAGCAUCAGCCUAUCCCGUGAAAUAGCCGAAGAGAGACGGCGGAGGAAGCUAUGAACUCUCUCUCUCUCUUCCGUUCGUCAAAACCUCUUGUUUCCAGAAGGAGACGGCACAUGGGAAACGGAAUGCUCUCUUCAGUUCGUUAGGGUUUGUGGAUUCGAUGGUUUGGAAGCAUAUAUUGGAAUUGAGGGGGAGGUGUAGUUGUUAGAGUGUUUUCAUCGGUGGAGGUAAGUUGUAGCGCGGCGCUGCUUUCUUCUCCUUCGGCUUUGGAGUGUCGAGAAUGUGGGGUAGAUUUUACUGGUUGAGGAAGGAGGAAGGGGUUAGGUGUGCAGAGGGGAUCGUGGUGCUUUUCGCGUGGCUCUUCAGCCAGGAGAGGCAUCUGAAGGCUUAUGUGGAUCUGUACUGGUCUCUGGGAUGGGAUUGCCUGGUUUGCCAUGUGGAUUUUCUCACCCAGUUUUUUCCCGAGAAGGCCACAGAACGGGCCUUUGAUGUUGUUGAUGAGCUGAUUAAGGAAGCAAAAAUUAGACCGAAGCCAAUUGUACUUGCUUCGUUUUCAGCUGGAUCAAAGGGCUACUUUUACAAAGUUCUCCAGUUGAUUGAGGGAAAAUAUGCAGGACAAAUCAAUCAGGAUGAUUAUUUGUUGCUGAGAGAGUGCAUCUCUGGGCAGAUUUAUGACUCGAGUCCCGUUGAUUUUACUAAUGAUCUCGGCCUCCAGUUUGCCCUUCAUCCGUCAGUUCUAAAAAUGUCUUAUCCUCCAAGAGCAGUGGCGUGGAUGGCAAAAGCUUUUGGGGCUGGUUUGGAUGCUCUCUUCCUCAGCAGUUUUGAAGCGCAGAGAGCUGAAUAUUGGCAGGCUUUAUAUUCGUCAGUUAGCUGUGGUCCUUUUAUCAUACUUUGUUCUGAAGAUGAUAAGCUGGCUCCUUCUCAAACUCUAGACAGUUUUGCCCAACGGCUACAGGAGCUUGGUGCUGAUGUUAAUCUUAUCAAAUGGACCAGUUCUCCUCAUGUAGCUCAUUAUAGGCACCAUAAAGAUGAAUACAAUGCUGCUGUAACUGAGUUCCUUGCCAAGGCAUCCAUCAACUUCUCAAACAGGCUGCUCAAACGAGCCAUGGACGACAAAAUACCAAAGUCCGUCUGCUACCUCCACGAUGCAGCUUUUAGCUCAAAUGAAAGCCUAAGGAGAGUAGCGAUUGGACCAAGCGACUAUUUCUACUUGCCAAGCUCCAUGGAGUUGAGCGAAACUAAAGCUGGGGGUUCAUUGAUUGACGAACAGAAGGCAGAGCUGUUCCAGCUUCCGAGCAUUAAGCCCCAGGGGAUACUCAGUCAGGUCCUCUUCGACGUAUGUGUUCCGAAGAACAUUGAAGGUUGGGACAUAAAGCAGAUGUCAUCUUUGAACCGGACUCAUACCUUUGGUUCUGCGCGCAGGCAUGGCCCUUUCAAUCCAAUCAAAUGCAUCAAACGCUCCAGAUUGUAGGGUAUUUUUGCAAAUAAAAAAAAAAGGGAAUGAAAUGUUGAGGAACUGGAUGUAAAUAUGAGUAAUCUUACUACCGUUGAUGUUCUAAUUUUGAUUGUCUGUCUUAUAGGAGGGCGAUGAAAGCAAACAAUAGCUCCUUGUAAUGCUUGGUAUGUAUUUUCAGUAUUUAAAAGUGCUAUCCAAUUAAGUAUUUGGAUCGAUGUUAAUAAUGUAAGGUGUAUCGUGGGUGUUAAUAUUCAUUAUCAUAUGCUAAAAAUAGAUAUAAAUUGAGAGCA